UACUGUUUUCCUGGCUGGCAAAAACUGAAAGUGGCCACACAUACCACUGCGUUGUGCUCGCACCUCUAGUCCUCUACAACUGCUGGGUUUCGUUCGUCAUCUCCACCACUCGAUCGUUCCCACCACGCUGCCAAGCACACACCGGCGCCGCGCCGCUCCGGAAGCCAACAAGCCGCGAUGGACGGCGACGCAACCACCACCACCACGACGGCAUCCAAGCAGAAGCAUGUGGUUCUGUACCCUUCGCCCGGCAUGGGCCACCUUGUAUCCAUGAUCGAGCUCGGCAAGCUCUUCGCCUCCCGCGGCCUCGCCGUCACCAUGGUCAUCGCGAGGUUGCCGUUCGAGGACACCGACGCCAGGGGGCCUUUCCUGGCUGGCGUCACCGCCGCCAACCCCUCCAUCUCCUUCCACUGCUUCCCGCAGGUCGACCUCCCGCCCGUCCACUCCAACUACCCCGAGGCGAUAACCUUCGAGGUCGCCCGCGCCUCCAACCCCCACCUCCGUGACUUCCUCACCUCCGCCACUCCUUCCCCUGCCGUCCUCGUCGUGGACACGUUCUGCGGCGUCGCCCUCGAUGUCGCCGCGGAGCUUCGCAUCCCCGCCUACUUCUUCUACACAUCUGGCGCCGAGGUUCUUGCUUUCUUCCUGCAUCUCCCGGUCCUGCACGCUCAGACCGCGGCCAGCUUCCGAGACCUGGGCGAGGAGCUCCUCCACGUACCAGGGGUCACCUCGCUUCCGGCGUCCCACACACCCAAGCCGGUCAUGGACCGUGACGACGCGGCGUACCAAGGGUUCCUGAGCGCGUCGCUUUACCUGUGCCGCUCCCAGGGCAUCAUCGUCAACACCUGCCGCUCGCUCGAGCCGCGCGCCGUCGACGCGGUCGGCGCCGGUCUCUGCACGCCUCCCGGCCUCCCGACGCCCCCGGUCUACUGCAUCGGGCCUCUGGUGAAGCAGGAGGAGGUGGGCGUGAAGCGCGGCGGGGAGUGCCUCGCCUGGCUGGACUCGCAGCCCAAGGGCAGCGUCGUGUUCCUCUGCUUCGGCAGCCUCGGCCUGUUCAGCGCCAAGCAGAUCAGGGAGAUAGCCGUGGGCCUGGAGGCGAGUGGCCAGAGGUUUUUGUGGGUUGUACGGAGUCCGCCCAGCGACGACCCGGCCAUGAAGUUCCAGAAGACGCCGGAGCCAGACCUCGACGCCCUCCUCCCACCGGGCUUCCUCGACCGGACCAAGGGCACGGGUCUCAUCGUCAAGUCGUGGGCGCCGCAGCGCGACGUGCUGGCGCACGACGCCGUGGGUGGGUUCGUGACGCACUGCGGCUGGAACUCCGUUUUGGAGUCGGUCAUGGCAGGCGUGCCCAUGGUUGCCUGGCCGCUCUACGCGGAGCAACGGAUGAACAGGGUGUUCCUAGAGGAGGAGAUGGGUCUCGCCGUGGCUGUGGAAGGCUACGAUAAGGAUGAUCUGGUGGUCGAAGCCGACGAAGUAGCGUCCAAGGUGAGGUGGAUCAUGGACUCCGACGGUGGGAGACUUCUCCGGGAGCGGACGCUCGCGGCCAUGCGGCAGGCUAAGGAGGCGCUGCGCGAGGGCGGGGAAUCGGAUGUGGCAUUGGCACGCCUCGUGGAUGGCUGGAUGCUCGCUUGACAUGGUUAUGUGAGGGGUGUUUGGGCUAGGCAUUGUGCGGGUGUUGGAGUGAUAUUUCAGCUUCAGCUCUAUAAUUCAGUCUCUCCUACCUUACACUCUGCUUGAAUCAUCAUGAUUUAUGAACAGCAGAGGGAUUAGCGCGUUUCACUGCGCCGGUGAUCAUAUAGUGAUGAUCCAUCGGUGGCAAGGCUACACUUUGCUAAUAACUGGUUUCCUUUGGUCGUUGUACAAA